AUGGGUGUGAAGAAGAGCAGGAACAAGGCCAGGUCAUCGACGGCAUCGACAUCGGCGUCUGCAUCAGCAUCGGCGUCAGCAUCAACAUCGGCGUCUGCCUCGGUCCCGGACUCGGUCUCGGACUCGGUCUCAGACUCGGUCUCGUCGCCCGGGAGUCGCUACACAGCAGAUGGUCUGGGUUCGGUGUCGGUGUCGGUGACGUCGGGCUUUGACACGCCGCCCACGUUGGUGGUCGGCCCGGUCAUCGGCCUCGUCACCGCUACGUCGGCGCGAGUGCUGGUCGAGACUGAUGCGGCGGCAGAGCUGGAGGUAGUCGCCACUCCGCACGCAGCCAUUGACCGCAGUGCACGGAGCUUGGCUGCUCUGGAAGAGCCAGGCGAGGAGGUCUCGGCGCGGGUCGCCUGCUCGGGCCGCGCGCCGGUGGCAGUGACACUGCUCGAGCUCGAGCCGUCGACAAUGUACAAGGUUCGGGUGGUUGUAGUGUCGGGCAAUGGCGAGCUGGCGAACCCCGGCGCGGGACGCGGGUGGAUCGCCACCUUUCCGCCCGACGACGAGGUCGACGCGGCGACAAUCUCGGUCCUGGCGUUUUCGUGCGACAAGUUGACGAUUGCCGACCACGACGCCAUGUGGGAGCGGGUCGAUGAGGCCUUUGACACCUCGCCGCUCUUUGCCGACAUUAUGAUCCACCUCGGCGACCAGGUCUACGCCGACUCGGCGUUCAAGGCCGUGGCGGAGGAGGCGCACGAGCUGGUGGCGCGGAUGAAGGACAAGCGGUCCGAGGGUGCGUGGUGGCGGCUGGAGGGCGCCGACAAGCUCGCCGAGCACUACCGCGACAUAUACCGGCGGACGUGGGGCAACGCAGUGACCCGGCGAGUCCUCGCCCGCUCCUCGCACAUCAUGGUGUGGGAUGACCACGAGCUGGUCAACGACUGGUCGACCUUCUCCUCCCACCGGGAUCCAUCUUCGUUCGACUUUUGGGUCGGCUCUAUCGCCCGCAAAGUCUUCUACGAGUACCAGCGCACGCUCUGGGAUGCCCAGCUCGAGCACUUUGACGACCUGCGCUUCCCCGACGUGCACGCCGAUGCAUUUGCCCUCCGCUGGGGCACCCUCGGCAUUGUCGUCCUCGACGUCCGCGGCGCGCGGUCAUUCCACGCCCGCUCCAACGAGGACACCCGCGACAACCACGCCGCCAUGCUCGGCGUGACCCAGUGGAACAUGCUCGACGCUCUUCUCUCGGAUGGCGAGUACGUGCCGUCGAAGCGCUCGCCCGAGGGCAAGGCGCUGGCUAGACUCCCGGUCUCACACUUUGGCAACGUUCGCUCGCUCAUUGUUGUCUCCUCUAUUCCGCUCGUCUACGCUGACAAGUGCAUGUCGUGCUGCGUCUCGACGACCAUGCCGUGGAUCCGCGACAAGAUGGGCUUUGCCCGCUUCCGCGAUGAGCAGGCCGCCCUCGUCCGCCUCCUCCACGCCUGGCGCUACGACGAGGAUGAACUCGAGCGCGAUGUCAUCGUCGUCUGCGGUGACAUGCACGCCACUUGUCAGGGCGAAAUCACCCACGACGACAAGCUCGUUGCUCGCCAGGUCGUCGCCUCACCCAUUGCCAACAACCCGCCUACGGGCCUCAAGCUCCGCUGGAGCAAGUUUCUCUCGGCUGCCUCGGUCGUCCUCGAAGGCGGUGACUACCGCUACACCCGCACUGUUCCCUGGACAAACCGCCGCAACGUCAUUCGCCUCCGUCUCAACUCGCCCACCGCAGCCAGCCACUCGGCCCGCCAGGCCAUCAAGUCCAAGCGAGCCAUCGCCAACGAGGCCAAGCGACUCUCGGUGAGCUCAGACGAUUCUGAUCGCGGCAGAGGCAAGAGGAAGGGCAAGAGGACGAUUGGAAAGAGCAAGGGGAAGGGGAAGAAGAGCAAGAAGAAGAACAAGCGGGGAAAGCGCUCAGACCCGAACUCGGAUUCGGACGCGGAAAACUCGCACCGUGGUUCGCCUGUAUUCUCCAUCGACACCUACUUUGUGGACACGCCGCUGCCGGAUCCGAUCUCACUCGAUUCAGAUAUCGAAAUGGUGGCUUCCGGCUGGCGCGAUUCGACAGCUGUCUCCAGCUACGGCUACAGCUCGUAUGCGAGCGAGUCGGCAUUGUCGUAA